AGGAAGCUUUACGAUAUGAGUGAAGAAAACCCCAAUAAGAGGCGACUCCAAAUAUUGACUGCACACUUCACUACUCAUCAGAAGAAGAAGCCUGCUGCCAUGGCUUCCGAGAAAGAAGCUGCUCUUCUCACCGUUCCUUCAGAUUCUCCUACCUUAUUUGACAAGAUCAUUAACAAGGAAAUCCCAGCAAACAUUGUCUACGAGGAUGACAAGGUUUUAGCUUUCAGAGACAUAAAUCCCCAAGCUCCGGUGCACAUUCUGCUUAUUCCCAAGGUCAGGGAUGGCUUGACUGGACUGUCCAAGGCUGAAGAAAAGCAUUGUGAAAUUCUUGGUCAACUUCUUUACACCGCAAAGCUUGUUGCUAAACAAGAAGGUCUGCUCGAGAAUGGGUUCAGACUUGUGAUCAAUGAUGGGCCUAGUGGAUGCCAAUCUGUUUAUCAUCUUCACCUUCACCUUCUCGGGGGACGACAGAUGAACUGGCCACCCGGCUAAAGGAAGCCGAGAUGAAUUCCAGAUCUCAUGGAGUAUCCAGACUUCAUCCGAUCAUCUAUGUGUAGCACUUACUGAAAACACUAUCGUCUAUGUGUAGCGUUUGAAGAAUCAAGCUCUAAGCUCGUCCUAUGCUCCUAUGGAGUGACAAAUAGGACUCAUUCCGACUAUUAUAUUGAUCAUCAAUAAGAGGGAUUUCUCUGAACUCUUAUAUAAUUCCUAAUAAUUUGUGUGGUUCA